GUUUUCCCGCCGCCGCCUUGCUACACUGCCCAGGACGGGAUACCCUUGGACGCGCUCGCCGACGACGGGCACCGCGCACUGCAACCUGCGCAACCGUGUACCUUGGCCUUGUAUCUGGCGAGCCAUGCCGAGAUACGAUCGCAGCGAGCGAGCAGUGAGGAUCGAGCGCGUCGCGGGCUAAAGAGGCGUGCGUUUAGCCGUCUCCUGUGAUUGGCUGGUUUCUUUUGACCAUUCGAAUGCCCCACAAACCUCGAUUUCAAGUUGCGAUGUUGGCUCGAGCGGUGGCCGGCUUGCGCCUGACCGCGCGCCCCGUGGUGCGCGUGACCAGCGCAGCCUUCUCGACGAGCGCCAAGGGCGACGACAGCAAGACGCCUGUCGAAGACGACGACGAGACCGACCCGGACACGUGGCUCGGCUUCAACGGCGACCUCGACGCGGCGACGGAGGAUGGUACCGCGACGUGGCUCCAGGCCGUCCGCACGGUCAUCGACCUCAAGGAAGAAGAGAAGCUCGAGGCGCGCCGCAAGCGCCAGGAAGCGCACGCUGCGCUCCAGAUCACGCGCGUUGUCGAGAUUGACGAGCUUGGCCGUGCGUAUGGCACGGGCCGCCGCAAGACGAGCAAUGCGCGUGUGUGGAUCAAGCCCGCCGCCGAAGAGGGCAAGGGCACGGUCCGCAUCAACAAGAUGGACAUGGUCGACUACUUUACGCGCGACACGCACCGCCACGAGCUCCUCCUUCCGUUCCUCGAGAUCAAGCGCCUCGGUCACUUCGACGUGAUGGCCAACGUCCGCGGCGGUGGCCUCAGCGGCCAGGCCGGCGCCGUGCGCCACGGCAUCAGUCGCGCGCUGGAGAAGUAUAACCCGGACAACCGCGCGCCGCUCAAGAAGGCUGGCUUCAUGACGCGUGACCCGAGAAUGGUCGAACGCAAGAAGCCCGGUCAGAAGAAGGCGCGCAAGCAAUUUCAGUGGGUUAAGAGAUAGAGUGUACACAGUAGGCCAUAUGCAGACGCCGACGGGCUUAUUGGCGGCACAGCAUCCUUACCGAUGCAGUGCUAUCGUAAUACACACGCCGUCUUCUGUGCUAACCAUCAGUCUCGAUCCAGGGAACUGCAGAAUAUGACGCGC